AUUUAGUCUAAUUUAUAGGGAAAAAAGAGUUUUUUAAGGAUAAAAUAUGCCCUCAUCAAAGGCUUUUCAAUCAUUUUCUCAAAAUCAGGAGUUUUUUUGCGAUCGUAAAGUUCAACAAGAUGCAUGGUAUGAACCGCCGCAAAAUUUCCUUGAAAUCGAGGUGAAAAAUCCGAUUACUCAUGGUAUUGGACGUGGAAUGUAUACGGAUUAUGAAAUUAUAUGUAAAACAAAUAUACCAGCGUUUAAGGCGAAAUACUCUUCGGUUCGCCGAAGAUACUCUGAAUUUGAGGAUUUUAAAUGUAUUCUUGAAAGGGAGUCAUCAAGGGUUUUAAUACCUCCGCUUCCAGGAAAAGUGCUUACGAAUCGUUUUUCGGACAAAGUUAUUGAACAUAGACGAGAUCAACUUGAACGUUUUUUACAAAUAGUAGCAGGACAUCCUCUUUUGCAAACGGGGAGUAAAGCGUUAUCAUCAUUUAUUCAGGAUCCUCAAUGGAAUGCGAAUAUAUGGAAAUAAUGAGUUAUGAAUAAUAAGUUAUAAAUAGCUAUAAGUUGUAUUAUUU